AUGCAGGGAGUCAGAUACGACUGCAUCAACCCCGAGGCAAACGGCACCCGCGACGGCAGAGAGCAGUGGCUGCUCAACACGCAAGUCGCGCUUCUUCUUGGGGAGAAGGAUCUGGAGCUGUCGCGAUAUACCGCUUGGAAUCGGAUCCCCGUCUCAGCUGUUGCAAAGCGUGCUAUUUGGCGCUUGGAGUCGGACCGAUAUGCCCUGACAACGCCCGGUCUCUUCGAGCUUGGUGAACAACUCCAGGACUACUAUCAGGGGAACGACCCGCAUAAGAUGGGCUACCGCCAGCUUGAGCGACUUCGGGCGGAGGCAUGGGAGAAGUUCGCUGCAAUGGAGAUGUUCUUUGUUAAGGCCUCAGAUUUCCUAUACAUUAUCCCUACGAUACAGCAUCUUCGCAACGUGAAGCUCACAGUGGCAUAUUGCGAGCUUCCGGAGAACGAGAUGCAGUGCAUCAGUUGGGCACCGCACCAGAAGUGGAGGCGUGAUGCAGAUGCACACGGGUUCGGUGGGUUUGCGCCGAGCAACAAGCAUUACGUCAACGGCGAACUGGUCUCGGAAGAUAAGCCUGGCCUCAGGGAGGCGAGUACGUCGCCUUUUCCGCGACAGCGGGUGCCCCGUCGCGGCUUCAUCGCGAUCCCGCGUGACGAACAUGGCUACACAAGGGUCAUUAAGGAACAGGGCAUCGAUGGCUCCGGGAAUGAUGCUGAAUUGCCGUUGCUGCCCAAUGGAGUCCACUCGUCUCCCAUGAGCGGCUCCUCCCGCGCGGCCACGACAAACGUCAACGGUUUGGAAUCGCCGAGCUCGAUUACGAACACCACGACAAAUGGCGGGGGAGACCACCCAAUAUCUCCGUCCUCCGAGGCAGGCUCUGCGCAGCUCCGAUGUUUGGUCAACGGCACCGGGGCGCUCAGCAACACCGGAUAG